GGAGGGGCGGGGAGCGCGAGGAGGAGCGACGCGGCCCGCGCCGCCGCCUCUUCCCGCCGCAUGGACGAGCACCUCAGCCUGCUGCGCUCACCGCCGUCGCCCUCCGCCCGCCACCGCGCCCACCCGCCCCAGAGCCCCGCGAGCGGCGGCGGCGCCCACACCUUGGUGAACCCCGGCUACGCCGAGCCCGCCGCAGGCCCCGCGCUGCCGCCCGACAUGACGGUGGUGUCCGGGGACCACCUGCUGGAGCCGGAGGCGGCCGACGGCGGCGGGGGCCCGCCGCAGGGCGGCUGCGGCGGCGGCGGCGGCUGCGACCGCGACCGCGACCGCUACGAGCCGCUGCCGCCCGCGCUGCCGGCCGCCGGCGAGCAGGACUGCUGCGGGGAGCGCGUGGUGAUCAACAUCUCCGGGCUGCGCUUCGAGACGCAGCUCAAGACCCUCUGCCAGUUCCCGAAGACGCUGCUGGGCGACCCCAAGCGGCGCAUGAGGUACUUCGACCCGCUCCGCAACGAGUACUUCUUCGACCGCAACCGGCCCAGCUUCGACGCCAUCCUCUACUACUACCAGUCGGGCGGCCGCAUUCGCCGGCCGGUCAACGUGCCCAUCGACAUCUUCUCCGAGGAGAUCCGCUUCUACCAGCUGGGCGAGGAGGCCAUGGAGAAGUUCCGCGAGGACGAGGGCUUCCUGCGGGAGGAGGAGCGGCCCCUGCCCCGCCACGACUUCCAGCGCCAGGUGUGGCUGCUCUUCGAGUACCCGGAGAGCUCCGGGCCGGCGCGGGGCAUCGCCAUCGUGUCCGUGCUCGUCAUCCUCAUCUCCAUUGUCAUCUUCUGCCUGGAGACGCUGCCCGAGUUCCGCGACGAGAAGGACUACCCCGCCGCAUCGUCGCAGGAGCAGUUCGAGGCGGCCAGCAACAGCACGUCGGGGGCCCCCGCCGGGGCCUCCAGCUUCUCGGAUCCCUUCUUCGUGGUGGAGACCCUGUGCAUCAUCUGGUUCUCCUUUGAGCUGCUGGUGCGGUUCUUCGCUUGCCCCAGCAAAGCCACCUUCUCGCGAAACAUCAUGAACCUGAUAGACAUCGUGGCCAUCAUCCCUUAUUUCAUCACUCUGGGCACCGAGCUGGCGGAGCGACAGGGCAAUGGACAGCAGGCCAUGUCCCUGGCCAUCCUGAGGGUCAUCCGGCUGGUGCGCGUCUUCCGCAUCUUCAAGCUCUCCCGGCACUCCAAGGGGCUGCAGAUCCUGGGCCAGACGCUGAAGGCUUCCAUGCGGGAGCUGGGCUUGCUCAUCUUCUUCCUCUUCAUCGGAGUCAUCCUCUUCUCCAGCGCCGUCUACUUUGCCGAGGCAGACGACCCCACUUCAGGGUUUAGCAGUAUCCCGGAUGCCUUCUGGUGGGCAGUGGUCACCAUGACAACAGUGGGUUACGGGGACAUGCACCCGGUGACCAUAGGGGGCAAGAUCGUGGGGUCGCUCUGUGCCAUCGCUGGUGUCUUGACCAUUGCUUUGCCGGUCCCUGUGAUUGUUUCCAACUUCAAUUACUUCUACCACCGGGAGACAGAAGGGGAAGAGCAAGCCCAGUACAUGCACGUGGGAAGUUGCCAGCCCCUCUCGCCUUCCGCCGAGGAGCUCCGAAAAGCAAGGAGUAACUCGACUCUGAGUAAGUCGGAGUAUAUGGUGAUCGAAGAGGGGGGCAUGAACCAUAGCGCUUUCCCCCAGACCCCUUUCAAAACGGGCAACUCCACGGCCACCUGCACCACGAACAAUAAUCCCAACUCCUGUGUCAACAUCAAAAAGAUAUUUACUGACGUUUAAUAUAUGAUACAAGUGACACGCUGUGCUCAGUAUUGUGUGGAACGUGCCCCCUUGGUCUGUGUAUGCCCUUGUUUUAUACAUUCCCAGACCAUUCAUCAAGGAAAGGACAUGAAGAAGUGGAAAGCACACUUCAUUUUCCCUCUCCCUACUGCUUCAUACUGAAACAGAUGUCUCUUUCACAAGUGGGCUGCAUUCUCUCAGCUCUCCAUUGUUUUCUCCCCUCUCUCUUAUAUUGCAAAGAACAAACUUCCUUUAAACUUGAUUUCUAGUACACCCCUUCUCAAAAACAAACAAACAAAAAAAGCAGCUGUACUUCUGGGGAGGAAACGAAAUUAAAGAACAGUUAAGAGUAACCGCUUAACCUCAGAAUUAAAAGACACUCGUUUCUUUACUAAGUAACGCCGGUGUGUACUUAAAGGAUGCUUCAGUUUGGUGGACUGUUUAACAUUAUUGAAUACUUAGUUCAGUUGCCCUCGCUGUGGAUAUGUGGAUGAGAAGUCUAAAUAGAAAAAUGACUUGUAAACCCACCGUCAGUUUAUUUGGUUUUUGACCGGAAUUUCCAUUCGGAACCCCUCCAGGAAUUUUAAAGAUAUAUACAACUUUGAACAAAGGGAAAUGCCUGAGAUGCCCUGAGCUGACUAAUCAGUUGAAACUCUUUGGGGCUCGUUAAGCAUUUCGAAAUGGGUAGGCUAACAGAUUCCUCUGAAGUUCUGUGUGUGUGUGUGUGUGUGUGUGUGUGUGUGUGUGUGUGUUCCAAGCAACAUCUACCAAAGUGUAGAAUCAGAUGUUUUCAGUGCUGCUGAGAGAAACAAACAAAAUUCCUAAUGCAUCUGUGAGAUAAGCUUCUGCAGCAUCACAAGAAGAUUAAAGUGGCAGACACUCCUUCCAGCGGAAGUUACUAAUUCGGACCUGACUGAUGCAGUUCCCAUAGCAACCCAUGUUUCCUGGGAAACCCGAAAAAGGUUGUCAUGGCAUCUCAUGCUCUGUAGCCCCGCCCCCUAGCCCCUGCCGUUUCCACAGUAACCUUUCCAGAUGGUUCCUACUUACAGGAUUUCAUAAGGAAAACCACUAUUUGAAUAAACCGCACAAACGAAGUUAAGUCUGAGAAUCUGAGGGUGGUGCAAUGCAUCACAAAAUGCGUUAUUUUUUUACUGCAGAAAACCAUUGAUACCAUCUCAUAAUGACUGGAUCGAGAAGGAAAAUACUGCCUUUGGAAUGUUAGAGAUACACCACAAUAAGGCAUGGUUUGAAUUAAAUGCCAAUAAUGAGGCAAUAAUUUAAAAGGGUACUGUUUUCUUCCUCCGAGAAGUUUCAAGCCAACAAAUGAAAUUUAAAAGCAAAUGUAAAAGUGUUCUGUACAUACUCAUAUGAAAGACCCAAUCAGUUUACCUGAAAUCUUACUGGAAGGGACCUUGAGACUUAAAAAAUAUAUUCCAGAUCCCACAACAGCACUUGAAAAGCUAAAACAAAAACAAAAAAAAAAACUUUUUAAAAAUAUAAAGGAUGCACAUUUUUUAACUGAGGGAAUUGCAGACAAUCAAUAAAAAAAAAAAAAAAGGGAUGGGAAGUGACUAGAUCUUGGGGAAAUACCUGCAAGCUUCAGCCAUACACCAGGGGCUGUCAGAAGAUACACAGAAUCAGGUGAGCACUGUGUGGGGGUAACUGAGAGCUCUCCCUCUUUGGAUGGGGAACUGGGAAAUGCUGUUCCUGUUUAGAUUGGUGCGACUUCCAAACCCAAUAGUUUCAUAUUAAUUACAUGCAAGUGCCUUUUAAAGAUCAGUUACAACAUC